CACACACACACAUACACACGGUGCUCUGAAGAGGAGGAAAACACUCCGCUCCCUCUGCUGCCAAACGCCUCUUCACUACACGGGACCAAACAAGAACCGGGCUGGUUGUUUCGGAGGGUGAGGAGAAGGAAAAUAAGCCCAUACGAAGGAUAUUAAAUGAGCCGAGCUGCCUUUUUGCUCGCGAGUUCCUUGUUUUUGGCAGCACGUCGGCCCCUAGCUUCCCGCGUCUCGUUCACGAAGGUAAACAGUCAGCGUCACGUCCAUGGAGCCGGGAUGUAGCGGAGGGCUAACCCACCUAGAGCCGCGUUAAGUACUCGUCAUUCAGCAGGGAUAUAGGGACAUUAAACGAAGGUAAACCAUUUUAAAGUUUGCUUUUAGUUUAUGAAAACUGAAAAACUUUUGAGACCUUUGUAAUGGCCCCCGCCUGGAGGUCGUAGCUGACCUUUUUUUAUUUCCCGCCGCAUCACUGCUCCUCACCCCAAUGAUGACUAUGAGCUCUAUAUCGGACACUCUAGUCCCGCCUGACCCGUCCAAAUCGGCGUUUUUGGAGUUCGGCGGCCACGGCUACACCGGACACCAGCAGCACUCCCCCGGCCUGUCCCACAACCAUUACUCGGUCCACGGUCUGCACGCCGUCGGGUCCUCGCAGCACGACGGGCCCUUCUCCUCUGGGGCAUCAUCAUACGGCCGCCCGCUGGGAUACCCGGCCUAUCACAGCCCCGUGACCGCGCACCACCCCGGGGCCUACCUGCCCUAUCAGCACGGUGGUCACGGCGGCGCGCUGGGACACAGCAGACUAGAAGAUGCGGAACACGAGAAGCCCACGGCGGUGAUCGAGAACGGGGAGGUGAGGCUGAACGGGAAGGGGAAGAAGAUCAGGAAGCCCCGGACCAUUUACUCCAGCCUGCAGCUCCAGGCCCUGAACCAGCGCUUCCAGCAGACCCAGUACCUCGCCCUGCCCGAGAGGGCCGACCUGGCGGCCAAACUGGGCCUGACGCAGACCCAGGUGAAAAUAUGGUUCCAAAACAAACGAUCCAAAUUCAAGAAGAUCAUGAAGAAUGGGCCCUGUGGACCUGAGGGAGACCACCUGGCCCCCCCGCCGCCGUCCUCCGCCUCUCCCUGCUCCCUGUGGGACAUCAGCAUGGCGGCCAAAGGCGCGCCGGUGCACUCGGGUGGGUACAUGAACAAUUUUGCUCACUGGUACCCCGGACACCAGCAGGACUCCAUGCCCAGGACUCAGAUGAUGUGACAGUCAGGAGACAAACGGGGGAUUUAUACCGAGGAGCGGACUGGAGCUGGGACAGGGACACGGUCGAGAGCCUGAGCCACGCUGGAGGCAGAAAUGACAUGACUGGCAGAGACAGAUCCAACCCAGGGUUGUCCUUAAAUCUGGAAAGGCAAGGGGAAAUAUUAAAGUUAUAGCCAUGACAGUGUGAGGCUGAAGCACUGACCCGGGUUAGUCCCGGUCCGAGAACGGAGAAGGUUAAACUAGUCCUGAAUACAACUCUCCAUUUGGGAGAGGAGGUCUAUCCAAAGUAAUCCCGGACUUCCUUUAACAGUCAGUGGAGUUCUUUCUUCGUGCAGAGGAGCUCGGCCUGCCAAGACUUUUUCUGACCGAGGUACAACUCCAAGCUAACCCGGUCUCUGAUUCUGGACAUUUGGGGUUUUUCUGUCUUUUCAGGGGCGCACAGUGGGGCGGACCGCGUGUAAGAAGAAGGCUUCUUCAGGGUUUUUUCUAGUUGUUUUUUAUGGAUCGGAUUCAAAGGGCUCUCGUUGGGGACCACUGUGUGUAUUUGUUCGUGUGUAUUUCUGACUGGGUGUAACACUAUAAGGGGCCUGUGUAGCGUAUGGACUUUAGAGCACCAACAGGGGCCCUGAUAAGGCCGGCUGUGUGAACAAGUAGACAUGUGAUGGUACUUCUACUGCCCUUUGUAAGACUAGAUGAGAAACAGGCACUGAUGGUUAUCUCCAUGGUUACUAACUUGUAGGACUCAAAUAUGAUAUAUAUAUUGUUGUUAUGUAAGGGGUCAAAAGA